AUGCCUUUUGGUGGGUUAACAGGUUUGAAGGAACAGGUGCUGAAGCCUGGAAAGGAGGAAGUGAAGAACACACACUGCUGCUCUUACUGUGGAUUUGUUUCCUCAUACUUUCUUCUCAGGAAAAUAGAUGGUAGCAAUGUAGAAGAGGAGGACAACAUUGAACUGACGGAGGACGGGCGUCCGGUGGCAUCGGCGCCACGUCCCGCCCCGCUGCUGGACUGCAGCUGUGGCGGCCUGCCCAAGCGCUACAUCAUUGCCAUCCUCAGCGGCCUGGGCUUCUGCAUCUCCUUUGGCAUCCGUUGCAACCUCGGUGUGGCAAUUGUGGAGAUGGUGAACAACAACACAGUCUAUAUCAAUGGGACCCCUGUGCUUCAGAAAGCUCAGUUUAACUGGGACCCGGAGACGGUGGGGCUGAUCCACGGCUCCUUCUUCUGGGGAUACAUUGUGACUCAGAUCCCCGGAGGUUUCAUCUCCAACAAGCUGUUUGCCAACAGGGUCUUUGGGGCGGCCAUUUUCCUGACGUCAGUGCUCAAUAUGUUCAUCCCGUCAGCGGCGAGGGUCCACUACGGCUGUGUCAUGUUUGUUCGUAUCCUGCAGGGCUUAGUAGAGGGUGUCACCUACCCAGCCUGUCACGGGAUGUGGGCGAAAUGGGCACCACCUCUUGAACGGAGUCGACUGGCCACAACUUCAUUCUGUGGAUCCUAUGCAGGAGCAGUGAUCGCCAUGCCUUUAGCUGGAGUGCUCGUUCAGUACGUCGGAUGGUCUUCGGUCUUCUACAUCUACGGAGUUUUUGGGAUCAUAUGGUAUGUUAUGUGGCUCCUGCUGGCGUAUGGUAGUCCUGCUGAACAUCCCACAAUCACUGAGGAGGAGAGGACGUACAUCGAGACCACUAUCGGUGAAACAAUGCGCCAGUUGAGCAAGACUGAGAAAUUCAAGACUCCCUGGCGUCGUUUCUUUACCUCCAUGCCCGUCUAUGCCAUCAUCGUGGCCAACUUCUGCCGUAGCUGGACUUUUUACCUGCUCCUCAUCAGCCAGCCGGCGUAUUUUGAGGAAGUCUUCGGCUUCCCCAUCAGCAAGGUUGGGAUCCUGUCUGCUGUCCCCCACAUGGUGAUGACAAUUGUAGUUCCUAUCGGAGGACAGCUGGCUGACUUCUUACGCAGCAACAAAAUCAUGUCUACCACGAAUGUGAGGAAACUCAUGAACUGUGGAGGAUUUGGUAUGGAAGCAACUCUGCUGUUGGUGGUCGGAUUUUCUCACACUCGAGGGGUCGCCAUCUCCUUCCUCGUUCUGGCUGUAGGUUUCAGUGGAUUCGCCAUCUCAGGUUUCAAUGUCAAUCAUUUGGAUAUUGCUCCUCGCUAUGCCAGCAUCCUGAUGGGCAUUUCAAACGGGGUGGGCACGCUGUCUGGAAUGGUGUGUCCUUUAAUUGUCGGAGCCCUGACUAAAAACAAGACUCGUCUGGAGUGGCAGAACGUCUUUGUUAUUGCGUCCAUGGUGCAUUACUCAGGGGUCAUCUUCUACGCUAUCUUUGCCUCGGGAGAGCAGCAGGACUGGGCCAACCCUGAGAGCACGAGUGAGGAUAAAUGUGGCAUCAUUGAUGAAGAUGAGCUGGCUGAAGAGUCAGAGCUCAACAGUGAGAACACGAUCGUUCCCAAGAGGGGUUACGGAACCACAGACGAUUCGUCUGGUCGGAAACAGGGCUGGAAAAAGAAGAGAGGGGCGACCAUGCAAGAGGAGGAGGAACAUUUUGGGAAUGGCGACUACCAGGGCGGGUACCAGUGAGACGCCCUGCGAGGGGGCAAAAGGACUUCCAAAACACUCAAACUGGUCAAAGCUGAAGAUUUCAAACCUGUGGAGAUGUCAUCAAACCUCUGAGAAGUGACAGGAACAGCAGCAUCACAUGUACCUCAAGAUGGCUCUAUUUCACUUUUAGUCAUGACUCCAGUUUAACUGUGAUGUACCGUCACAUGAAAACUCAACAUUGCAAAAGUAAAAAAAAAAGCUAAAAUCAGAUCAAAUUUAUUAUAAACUAGAAAUAGAGAACCAUGAACAAAAACAACGAUAUCAGAAAUUGAAAAAUCCAUUUAAUCUACACCAAUAGUCCCUGUAGACUAGCAUGACAAGUAUAAUUAAAACCAGAGCAACAUUCAUGAACCAACUAGUGCUGCGUUAACAGAACAUCACAAACACAUAUCAACUCUCAGACCUGAUCGUACUCCGUCUGUGCAAGCUGAACUUUCUGUAGUUUACUUUGAACCACGUGAACAGUUUUUGAAAUGUUGUGUGUCGGCUAUGCAACGUGAAAAGAGACGUGCUUCUGGAAUGUAAUAAUGGGUUUGUCAGCAGACCAUAGUGUUAAUGUAACAAGCCUUAUUGUUUUUUUUUUUUGUUUUUUUUUUUUGCUUAUAUGUAUUUGCCGUUGCUGAAUGAUUGCACUCUAUCACUGCUUAGCUCACUCUCCUCGUCUGAGCAGGUCUUAGUUCACCGUCCGUUUGCGAUGCCCUUCUUCCAGCAUUACAUCAGCGCUCUGAGCUCAUAAUGGGACGAAAUGGACGGUGAGUUCAGUGCCGACGUUACUCUGUGAAGCGUUUAGUGUAAACUCUAUUUAUUCUUCUGGUGUUCCGUCUUUUGUUGCAAUUCUGCAAUGUUUGAUACAUGGCGAGUCAGAUUGUUUUCUACCUUUGACUGUAUAAAGAUGGACAACAUGUGAGGCCAAAACAUCUCCAUCGCCCCCUGGUGGCCGGCUGCAGUAUAGGCGAUCAAUCAUGAGCACAUAAAAAAAAAAUAAAAAUCUCAAUGAAG